AUGACGGCAAUAGCGCAGCCUGUUCGAUUCACAAGCCCAAGUACCGUAAGUAUGGCUACAAUUACUCCAGGCACUUCAUCGAACCUGCAGACCCCUCAGAGUGCUGCGGCCUCACAUCUUCAGGCAUUAGCUCAACAACAAUUUCAGCCGUACUACCUACGACCGGCUUACAGGUUCAAAGUAAAUGCUCAACCAACGAUCGGUGAUAUGAUUACUGAUGGCCCAGGUCGAAGGUUACGCAAGAAUGUGGCAAACGUACGUCGACAUAUUGAUUACGUAGCGAACGUUCUUAGUCAUAUUGAGGCACGUUUGUGGCAGUAUGGUGUGCGAGAUAGAUCAGCAUUACAGCCAGAUGUAUUGUAUCAAAACAGUGCACUGCCACCGUUAUCAACAAUUGAUAAACCCGUGGAUUGCGUCCUGACGAAGUUCGUUCGAGCGGCCAUGAAUAAAGUCAAAUGCCCUAUCUAUAGUAUAUGCUGGACACCCGAAGGAAAACGACUCAUCACAGGUGCAUCAACAGGUGAAUUCACGUUGUGGAAUGGAACUGCGUUCAACUUCGAAACAAUUCUACAGGCGCAUGAUUCUGCUAUUCGAGCUCUGAAAUGGUCUCAUAACGAUCAGUGGUUGGUUUCGGCAGAUCAUGAUGGAUUUGUGAAGUAUUGGCAACCGAAUAUGAAUAACGUGCAUAUGUAUCAAGCACAUAAUGAUGAACCGAUUAGAUCUUUAAGGCAUCACAUUAAACUGGUGACAGGAUCAGACGAUGGUACAGCUAGGGUGUGGGAUUUUGCGAGAUGCGCUGAAGAACGCGUAUUUAGAGGGCAUGGCUCGGAUGUUCGCAGUGUUGACUGGCAUCCUCAAAAAGGAUUGAUUUGCACGGGUUCUAGAGACUCACAACAACCUGUAAAAUUAUGGGAUCCGAAAACUGGACAGUGCCUUGCCACAUUGCACGAUCAUAAAAAUUCAGUGACAGCAGUACAGUGGAAUAGAAAUGGGAAUUGGUUAUUGACAGGUUCACGGGAUCAUUUGAUAAAAGUUUACGAUAUACGUAUGAUGCGUGAGAUGCACAGCUAUCGAGGGCACAAGAAAGAAGUCACCGCUCUGGCAUGGCAUCCGGUUCAUGAAAGCCUUUUCGUAAGUGGGGGUGGUGAUGGCUCGAUGGCAUACUGGUUGGUGAAUAACGAGAAGGAGUUGAGCUUUAUGGAGCAUGCUCAUGAUCAAGCAAUAUGGUCUCUGGAAUGGCAUCCGCUCGGUCAUAUUCUCGCAUCAGGUUCAAACGAUAACAACACAAAAUUCUGGGCACGCAAUAGACCUGGUGAUACGCAAGAUGAUAUCUUUGGAUUGAGUUCUUCGACGGGUAUUCCAAUGCAUAUGCUGCCUAAGGAAACAGAUACAGAUUCUGAACAGUCUGCUCUUUCUAUUAUCCCAGGCUUGUACUAUAUUCCUCAUAAUUCAUUCAUUUAUGCUAAUACACCGAUGACCAAUAGCACACCUUUAGCUGGACCACUGCUUUUUCCAGAUGAUCCAAACGCUAGGCAACAGGCAACAAAUAUUGGUGCUAAAAAGACACUCAUAAAACAACCACCACCCAAGAAAGCACAACGUCAGUUCGAACGAAUGUGGAAUGUUGCAAAACCAGCGGUAGGUGCCGCAGUUGGUAAUGACGAUGUGGAAGAGGAAGUACCAGACGAAUCAUCAUUUAGACGUCCGAAAACAUCACUUCUUGGACCACCACCUCAGUCAGCAAGUAGCACUUCAAAAUGCGAGAGUACUCAACAAGCGCAACAUUCCGCAUCAUCAGUACCGAGCAGUUCGGUUGAUAAACGAGUGAGUGAUGAGUCAUUAACGACUGUGGUCAAUUCACCUCCAGUCUCGUCGUCAUACGGUCAUCAUCCUUCACAAGCAAUGCCGAUCACAACACCGCCUUCGAUCGCACAACUUCAUGUUGCUGCUGCGGUUGCUGCUGCUCAAUCGAGCAUCAAUCCUCUUCUUAAUCCACCACCAUCCAUCAUACCCGUGCCUCCACCUGGCUCUUUACUACCUCCUAUUCCCAUGCCACCAUGGUCGUCUACUAGCCAAGCACACACUCAGCCAUCACAACCGACUACUACUAAUUCAAGUCCAAAACCACCUCCGAUUAUUCAACAAGUUAAUAACGCACCACAAAUCAGUGUUGCUACCACUCAGUCAAGACAUCACCCACCAAUCAUAACACAAGAAAUGAUACCGCCAACCAUGGGAAUGUCUAUCAGUACAUCGCAAAUGCAACAAAUAGCCGCCUCAUUGCCGUUCCCACAACCACCUGGUCCCGGACCAUUGCUGUGGCCACCACCCAUUGUUGCCUUUCCUCUACCGCAAAAUCUCGAUAUUGACUAUCGAAUGGGAGCAAGCUCGUCACUGAUGAUGCCUCCUCGUGCAGUCUCUACAGCAGCAGCACACGACUCGUCAUCAAGUGCAACCACAUCAUCAGAUGUUGAUCUACGUACAAAACAACAGCAACAAACUUCCUCUUACUCAUCCACCAGCAGCAGCACUAUAACGUCGCAGUCCUCACAGUCGUGGCGUAAUCCAAACAAAACCACUCAUUUAUCACCAUCUCCAUCUGACGUAGCCGGAACAAGUGCACGCAUGAUGCAUGAUCCAAGAAUACGUCAUGAGGCGAAUCUAGCGGGCUCUUUACAACGGGCACACGAUGAAUCGCCUCCAUCACGCCUACGCACCAAUGAAACAGAUCGAGAUGCUGAUCAGCAGCAAGCUGGAAAACAACAACAGCAUGCUUCUUUGCCCACAUCGAUCUCGGCAGCACCCAUUCGUGAUCCACGAAAGAGGCCGCAGUCGUCGACAUCAACCCCAUCUCAACAAAUGCUUCCAAAACGAGUUAGUUUCGAUUUUCAGGAAGGUGAUUAUGAUGGUCGAUUCGAAAGUACUGGUGCAAAAUCGAUGAAGAGGGCAUGGAUGCCAGAUAUGGGUGAGAAGCGAUCAGGUUACGGGAUGAGUUCAGAUGGAGGAGGAGGUGCUGGAUCGCGAGCGGGAUCAUCAGCGAUUGCUGGCGAUCGAAACGCAUCAGCAACACAGCAUUCUGUUUCGAGAGCUACAAAUGGCUCUGGUGGAACUGAAUUUAGUAACUUCGAAGACAGAGCACCACUUGGUCAUAUCCCUUAUCAGCAUUAUUCCAAUAGUGGUUCUGGCACAGGUGGAAGUGGCGGUGUGGGAGGUGCGCCUGGGAGUGCUCCUAUGCGACGAUCUGGCCCAUUGAUUGACAGGGCGCGUGGCACACGGGGUAGAGGGCGUAGAGGGGGCUACUGA